UUUAAUCUAUACUUUCCUGAUCUUUCAUAUUAUGCUAAUUUAUUAUUUUUUAUAGCAACAAUACGUCAAGUCACAACAGAAUUGACAGAGUUGAAAGAUAUGGGUGCAUACAUUUCUGCAUGCCUUCCCAAGUACGUGCAGAAAGUUCAGAUAGUUACUGGUGACGAACUCGAGGUAAUGGUUUGUCGAGAAGGAAUCUAUCCAACAAUGAAAUUUUUAAGAAAUCAUCAUCAUACACAGUAUACUUCAUUAUCAGAUAUUACUGCAGUAGAUGUCCCUUCCAGGAAAUAUAGAUUUGAAAUCGUUUACAAUCUUCUUUCCCUAACAUUUAACUCCCGUAUUCGAGUUAAAACUUAUACAGAUGAAUUAACACCUGUAUCAUCAGUAGAGGAAGUCUUUGACGCUGCCAACUGGUAUGAACGAGAAGUCUGGGAUAUGUUUGGUGUACUUUUUGAAGGUAAUACGGAUCUCCGUAGAAUUCUUACUGAUUACGGUUUCGAGGGGCAUCCAAUGAGAAAAGAUUUCCCCCUUAGCGGUUUUGUCGAGGUACGCUACGACGAUGAAUUAAAGAGAGUUGUAUGCGAGCCGCUGGAAUUGACGCAAGAAUUCCGCAAAUUUGAAUUAUCUGCUCCCUGGGAACAAUUCCCUAAUUUCCGUGGAAUCGCUCCUCCUACCGAAGAAACUGAGAAGACAGAACCGAAGGAUCCUAAAGAUAAGAAGUAAAUUUAUUUUAGGAAUAAUAAACCUAUAGAAAAAGGGAUAUAUAACAUAGUUUCUACAUAUUAUUUAUUUAAUAGUAUCCGCGAACAAUGAUACUAUUAUCUAUCCUUUUAAAUAAAAUAGAAUAAACACGAA